UUUUCAGCAGGCAGUAACUUUCAGCCGCCCUACUCCUAAAAGUGUAUAAAUUAUUGCCACUUUACUGUUUUCACAUUAUAAUCACGACGUUUCCCCGAUUUCUUGCCUAUUUUUUGCAACAGUAUUGAAUUUCAAGAAAAGUCGUCUAAAGAAAUUCUCAGUAUCAAGGGUCAGCCAUGUAUAAAGUAUUAUUAAUCUUACUACUCAUUCAGAUAAUAUCUAUCCAUGCAAUUCUUCCAGUAUGUCCAAGAUAUUGCCCACAAAUUCAAUGUGUCCCAGGUUACGCACCCAGGAGGAUUGGUUGCUGCAAUCAAUGUGUGAAAGUUGAAAAUGAGUGCGAAACCAAUUGUGAAGGAAGAAUCUGCCCGAUAAUUGAUUGUAGGGAAGGCUAUGUUCCAGUAAAAUCUGACUGUAGUUGCUGUGAUGUUUGCAAACCAAUCAAAAGUACAUCCUAAUCGUGAUAAUUAUAGUAAAAUAUAUGUGUAAAUGAAGGAAAAUUUAAUAAAGUAUUCAUUUUCUUGCUUGUGAA